AUGUCGUCACGACGUGAUUCCUGUUUAAGAUUUAGUAAACCUUGUUUCUGUGAAUUGUCAAACACACCUAACCAUUCUUGGAAAAACUUAUACAAAGUUGAAGGUGACCCUAUUGGACGUGGUUAUGCCGGGAAAGUUUACAAAAUUACUACUGGUAACAUGGAGCUACUGGAUCCUUUGAUAGUGACGAAGUCCCAGCUCACAGCAACAAUGUAUUCAGAAAGUGCUUAUACUGAGCCCGGAGAAUACUUAGCCUGCAAAGUCAUCCGUAGAUUUCGUGGAGGAAAGGAUACUAUUGCAAAAAUUACCUCUGAAGUUCAAGCUAUGGUCAGUUUGCAAAGAGAUCAUCUUAAUACUUAUCAUAACUCUGUGUAUAAUAAGCCAUCUGAUAAACCUUCCAGAAUUUGUAACUAUCGAGUUCCUCCUAAAUCAGCCUCACCUAAGCUGUUCGCAGUAUAUAAAGACUCAAUGGAAGUUGCUAUUAUCAUGGAGUACGCUAGUGGUGGAUCUCUAUACGACUUGUGUAGAUCUGCUUAUCUGUAUGACUUUGCUGCUAGUUCAAUCAGUUCUCCUUGCGGUGAUUUAUCCGUUCCUAAUUCUGGUGUUUCUAAUUCACACACAACAAUCCCACAGUCGAAAUACCCUGGUUCAUUUGAUGGAUUGCCUGAAUCAUAUAUUCGUCAACUACUAACCAGCAUCCUUGAAGCUUUGGUCUACAUGCAUGAUACUCUUAGAAUGGUUCACCUAGAUGUUAAGGCUGAAAAUCUUUUACUGCGUCAACCCUAUCCGUCUACUGAUGUAUUUUUCACAGAUUUCGGUUUAGCGACCAUAUUAACUGAAGGUAAACAACAUCGUGAGCUUGCAGGAACUCCUGAUUAUGUUGCACCGGAAAUUAUUAACUAUGAUCCUAUCACAUUUGCUACAGAUAUGUGGUCUGUUGGGGUUCUUACAUAUUAUCUACUUACUGGAAUCUCUCCAUUUCUUGGUGAAGAUAAGUACAUCACAAUGCAAAAUAUUACUCAUAAUACAAUUACGUAUCCUGAUUCCCUUUUUAAUAAUCGUUCACCCGAUUCAAUUGACUUUAUUCAGCGCCUUCUACAACGUUCACCAACACAACGUAUGUCUGCUAAAGAAUGUCUCAAUCAUCCUUGGCUCAUCCAGUCAUUAAAUCAACCAAUCAUAAUCGAAACAGAAAUUAAUCAUCAAUCAUCACAAACCAUACUGUAUAAUAACAAGAAUAGUAGUAGUAAUGAUGAUAAUGUGAAAUACGCUAUUGAAUUAUUCAUUGUAGAUCCAGUUGUUGAAAUUGUUGAUGAAUUUAUAUCCCCACAUUGCUUAGCCCAGUUCAUAGUACAAUCUCCUGUAUAUAUUGUUCCAUAUGUAGAUGUUGUUAGUCAAACAAAUUUUUCUAAACUAAUGCCUUCACUAAAAUUAUGUGUUAACUAUCCUCCUAUUAUCAACUCAGAAGCAACUACACAUUUUACCUCUUCAAUAAACAACCACCCAUCAUCAUCCGAAAAGUUUAUUAGAACGAUAUCCAAAAAAUUAAUCAAUGGACAUUUCAAUCUACUUAAAAGUCUUUCCGAGUUAACCAAAAUUUGUUCAAUUAAUUCGAACAACGACAAUCGUUACGUUGAUGCUGACAAGUGUUAUCAAUUGAUGAAUGGGCAUCCCAUUGGUAUACAUGAUGAAUCAAGAUCAUUAACCAGUUAUUCUAAACUAUCCAUCGACAACGUGUCGAAUUCUAACGUAGUUGAGUAUAAUAGUUGGAGAAACACCAAAUCAAUUGGAAAUUAUGUAUCAAUUAAUUUAUUCAUUUCAAAUUAUUUGCAAGAAUAUCAAUUAUUCUUAAUGUUUUGUAAUUUAAAUUAUUAUAAAUCACUUGAUCGUCAUUUUUAUUUCUUUAACCGUCAUAAUACUACUAAUAUUGUUGAUAGUAGUAGUAGUAAUAGUAUCAAAGAGACUAUUAAUACAAAUACUGAAUUAUUUGUAAAUUUUCCAUUGUCAAGCGAAAUUCACCACCAGAAACAACAACUUAAUGAAAAUGAUAUAACUCAAAAUGUAAUGAAUAGAAAUUAUGAAACGAAAGAAUUAAUUAAAAUAUCUAAAUAUACUACUGAUAUAAUGCCAAAAGUAAAUGAAAUUAUAUCGAAGAAUUUUAUAAAUUCACAUAUUUCCACAAUUCGUAUUGAAUUAAAUUCAUCAAUAAAAGAAAAAUUCAAACUAAUGAAUUCCUCAGAUGGUCAUUAUAAUUUUAAUCAUAAAAGAGACUAUUUGUCCUAUGACUUUUUAAAUAAAGCAUGGAUUAAGCAUAAUUAUAAUAGUGGAAAUGAUAAUAAAGCAUGGAAUUUAUUCAAUUCUCCUCUAAUCACUUCAUCUUCAAUGUUGUUUUCUUUACGUAAUCAUCAUCAUCAUCAUCAUAUUCGAUACAAUUCAAUCAUUAGCAAUCAAACAACUUUCAACAUCAACCAAUUCACCAACGAUUCAUUCAAUAAUUAUGACCGCUACCAAUUAAAAUAUCAAUAUCAACAAAAUCAAACUACAAUUAUAAAAUUAUCUAAUAUUAAUCAAAUUAAAUAUAUAAAUUUACCAUUUACAUGCAUAGUAAAUCGUACACAAUUAAUUAAAACAAGAUUAUUUCAUGAUUUAUUCAAUUGGAUUAAUUUAUUUUUAAGAAAUCUUUUAAAUUUAUUAUUUUUUUUAUUACCAUCAUUAUUUGGUAAAUAA